CGGCGGGGGAGAGAAGCCCUCUGGACAGCUUCUAGAGUGUGCAGGUUCUCGUAUCCCUCGGCCAGGGGUAUCCUCUGCAAACCUCUGCAAACCCAGCGCAACUACGGUCCCCCGGACAGACCCAGGAUGGGGCCAGGACGGACAGGAGCCACGCCGCUGCCGCUGCUGCUGGUGUUAGCGCUCAGUCAAGGCAUUUUAAACUGUUGUUUGGCAUAUAAUGUUGGUCUCCCAGAAGCAAAAAUAUUUUCCGGUCCUUCAAGUGAACAGUUUGGCUAUGCAGUGCAGCAGUUUAUAAAUCCAAAAGGCAACUGGUUACUGGUUGGUUCACCCUGGAGUGGCUUUCCUGAGAACCGAAUGGGAGAUGUGUAUAAAUGUCCUGUUGACCUAUCCACUGCCACAUGUGAAAAACUAAAUUUGCAAACUUCAACAAGCAUUCCAAAUGUUACUGAGAUGAAAACCAACAUGAGCCUCGGCUUGACCCUCACCAGGAACAUGGGAACUGGAGGGUUUCUCACAUGUGGUCCUCUGUGGGCACAGCAAUGUGGGAAUCAGUAUUACACAACGGGUGUGUGUUCUGACAUCAGUCCUGAUUUUCAGCUCUCAGCCAGCUUCUCACCUGCGGCUCAACCCUGCCCUUCGCUCAUAGAUGUUGUGGUUGUGUGUGAUGAAUCAAAUAGUAUUUAUCCUUGGGAUGCAGUGAAGAAUUUUUUGGAAAAAUUUGUACAAGGCCUGGAUGUAGGCCCCACAAAGACACAGGUGGGGUUAAUUCAGUAUGCCAAUAAUCCAAGAGUUGUGUUUAACUUGAACACAUAUAAAACCAAGGAAGAAAUGAUUGUAGCAACAUCCCAGACAUCCCAAUAUGGUGGGGACCUCACAAACACAUUUGGAGCAAUUCAAUAUGCAAGAAAAUAUGCUUAUUCAGCAGCUUCUGGUGGACGACGAAGUGCUACCAAAGUAAUGGUAGUUGUAACUGACGGUGAAUCACAUGAUGGUUCAAUGCUGAAAGCUGUGAUUGAUCAAUGCAACCACGACAAUAUCCUGAGGUUUGGCAUAGCGGUUCUUGGGUACUUAAACAGAAACGCCCUUGAUACUAAAAAUUUAAUAAAAGAAAUAAAAGCAAUCGCUAGUAUUCCAACAGAAAGAUACUUUUUCAAUGUGUCUGAUGAAGCAGCUCUACUAGAAAAGGCUGGGACAUUAGGAGAACAAAUUUUCAGCAUUGAAGGUACUGUUCAAGGAGGAGACAACUUUCAGAUGGAAAUGUCACAAGUGGGAUUCAGCGCGGAUUACUUUUCUCAAAAUGAUAUUCUGAUGCUGGGUGCAGUGGGAGCUUUUGGCUGGAGUGGGACCAUUGUCCAGAAGACAUCUCAUGGCCAUUUGAUCUUUCCUAAACAAGCCUUUGACCAAAUUCUGCAGGACAGAAAUCACAGUUCAUAUUUAGGUUACUCUGUGGCUGCAAUUUCUACUGGAGAAAGCACCCACUUUGUUGCUGGUGCUCCUCGGGCAAAUUAUACCGGCCAGAUAGUGCUAUAUAGUGUGAAUGAGAAUGGCAAUAUCACGGUUAUUCAGGCUCACCGAGGUGACCAGAUUGGCUCCUAUUUCGGUAGUGUGCUGUGUUCAGUUGAUGUGGAUAAAGACACCAUUACAGACGUGCUCUUGGUAGGUGCACCAAUGUACAUGAAUGACCUAAAGAAAGAGGAAGGAAGAGUCUACCUGUUUACCAUCAAAAAGGGCAUUUUGAGUCAGCACCAAUUUCUUGAAGGCCCCGAGGGCAUUGAAAACGCUCGAUUUGGUUCAGCAAUUGCAGCUCUUUCAGACAUCAACAUGGAUGGCUUUAACGAUGUGAUUGUUGGUUCACCACUAGAAAAUCAGAAUUCUGGAGCUGUAUACAUUUACAAUGGUCAUCAGGGCACUAUCCGCACAAAGUAUUCCCAGAAAAUCUUGGGAUCCGAUGGAGCCUUUAGGAGCCAUCUCCAGUACUUUGGGAGGUCCUUGGAUGGCUAUGGAGAUUUAAAUGGGGAUUCCAUCACCGAUGUGUCCAUUGGUGCCUUUGGACAAGUGGUUCAACUCUGGUCACAAAGUAUUGCUGAUGUAGCUAUAGAAGCUUCAUUCACACCAGAAAAAAUCACUUUGCUCAACAAGAAUGCUCAGAUAAUUCUCAAACUCUGCUUCAGUGCAAAGUUCAGACCUACUAAGCAAAACAAUCAAGUGGCCAUUGUAUAUAACAUCACACUUGAUGCAGAUGGAUUUUCAUCCAGAGUAACCUCCAGGGGGUUAUUUAAAGAAAACAAUGAAAGGUGCCUGCAGAAGAAUAUGGUAGUAAAUCAAGCACAGAGUUGCCCCGAGCACAUCAUUUAUAUACAGGAGCCCUCUGAUGUUGUCAACUCUUUGGAUUUGCGUGUGGACAUCAGUCUGGAAAACCCUGGCACUAGCCCUGCCCUUGAAGCCUAUUCUGAGACUGCCAAGGUCUUCAGUAUUCCUUUCCACAAAGACUGUGGUGAGGAUGGACUUUGCAUUUCUGAUCUAGUCCUAGAUGUCCGACAAAUACCAGCUGCUCAAGAACAACCCUUCAUUGUCAGCAACCAAAACAAAAGGUUAACAUUUUCAGUAACGCUGAAAAACAAAAGGGAAAGUGCAUACAACACUGGAAUUGUUGUUGAUUUUUCAGAAAACUUGUUUUUUGCGUCAUUCUCCCUGCCGGUUGAUGGGACAGAAGUAACAUGCCAGGUGGCUGCAUCUCAGAAGUCUGUUGCCUGCGAUGUAGGCUACCCUGCUUUAAAGAGAGAACAACAGGUGACUUUUACUAUUAACUUCGACUUCAAUCUUCAAAACCUUCAGAAUCAGGCGUCUCUCAGUUUCCAAGCCUUAAGUGAAAGCCAAGAAGAAAAUAAGGCUGAUAAUUUGGUCAACCUCAAAAUUCCUCUCCUGUAUGAUGCUGAAAUUCACUUAACAAGAUCUACCAACAUUAAUUUUUAUGAAAUCUCUUCGGAUGGGAAUGUUCCUUCAAUCGUGCACAGUUUUGAAGAUGUUGGUCCAAAAUUCAUCUUCUCCCUGAAGGUAACAACAGGAAGUGUUCCAGUAAGCAUGGCAACUGUAAUCAUCCACAUCCCUCAAUAUACCAAAGAAAAGAACCCACUGAUGUACCUAACUGGGGUGCAAACAGACAAGGCUGGUGACAUCAGUUGUAAUGCAGAUAUCAAUCCACUGAAAAUAGGACAAACAUCUUCUUCUGUAUCUUUCAAAAGUGAAAAUUUCAGGCACACCAAAGAAUUGAACUGCAGAACUGCUUCCUGUAAUAAUGUUACCUGCUGGUUGAAAGACCUUCACAUGAAAGGAGAAUACUUUGUUAAUGUGACUACCAGAAUUUGGAACGGGACUUUUGCAUCAUCAACGUUCCAGACAGUACAGCUAACGGCAGCUGCAGAAAUCAACACCUAUAACCCUGAGAUAUAUGUGAUCGAAGAUAACACUGUUACGAUUCCCCUGAUGAUAAUGAAACCUGAUGAGAAAGCCGAAGUACCAACAGGAGUUAUAAUAGGAAGUAUAAUUGCUGGAAUCCUUUUGCUGUUAGCUCUGGUUGCAAUUUUAUGGAAGCUCGGCUUCUUCAAAAGAAAAUAUGAAAAGAUGACCAAAAAUCCAGAUGAGACUGAUGAGACCACAGAACUCAGUAGCUGAACCAGCAGACCUACCUGCAGUGGGAACUGGCAGCAUCCCAGCCAGGGUUUGCUGUUUGCAUGAAUGGAUUUCUUUUUAAAUCCCAUGUUUUUUUUAUCAUGUCAUAGGUAAACUAACCUGGUAUUUUAAGAGAAAACUGCAGGUCAGUUUGGAAUGAAGAAAUCGGGGGGGGGGGGGGGGAGGUGCGGGGAGGGGGGCAGGUAGGGAUAUAAUGGGAAAAAUACUUAUUUUAUAUGAUGGGGAAAAUAAUCUUUAAACUGGCUGGCCCAGAGUUUACAUUCUAAUGUGCAUUGUAUCAGAAACAGGAAAUGCUUCCAAGCAUGACAACUUUUAAAGAAAAAUAUGAUAUUUUCAGAUUUUAAGGGGGAAAACUGUUCUCUUUAAAAUAUUUGUCUUUAAACAGCAACUACAAAAGUGGAAGUGCCUGAUAUGUAAGUACUUCCACUUGUGUAUAUUUUAAUGACUAUCGUGUUAACAAGAGGGGAAAGCAAAACACAGGUUUUUUCAAUUUAUGCUGCUCAUCCAAAGUUGCCACAGAUGAUACUUCCAAGUGAUAACUUUAUUUAUAAACUAGGUAAAAUUUGUUGUUGGUUUCUUUUAGACCACGGCUGCCCCUUCCACACCCCAUCUUGCUCUAAUGAUCAAAACAUGCUUGAAUAACUGAGCUUAGAGUAUACCUCCUAUAUGUCCAUUUAAGUUAGGAGAGGGGGCGAUAUAGAGACUAAGGCAUAAAAUUUUGUUUAAAACUCAGAAUAUAACAGUUAUGUAAAAUCCCAUCUGCUAGAGGCCCAUCCUGUGCCAGAGGAAGGAAAAGGAGGAAAUUUCCUUUCUCUUUUAGGAGGCACAACAGUUCUCUUUUAGGACUUGUUUGGCUGACUGGCAGUAACCUAGUGAAUUUUUGAAAGAUGAGUAAUUUCUUUGGCAACCUUCCUCCUCCCUUACUGAACCACUCUCCCACCUCCUGGUGGUACCAUUGCUAUAGAAGCCCUCUACAGCCUGACUUUCUCUCCAGCGGCCCAAAGUUAUCCCCUCCUUUACCCCUCAUCCAAAGUUCCCACUCCUUCAGGACAGCUGCUGUGCAUUAGAUAUUAGGGGGGAAGUCAUCUGUUUAAUUUACACACUUGCAUGAAUUACUGUAUAUAAACUCCUUAACUUCAGGGAGCUAUUUUCAUUUAGUGCUAAACAAGUAAGAAAAAUAAGCUCGAGUGAAUUUCUAAAUGUUGGAAUGUUAGGGGAUGUAAACAAUGUAAAGUAAAACAUCUCAGGAUUUCACGAGAAGUUACAGAUGAGGCAUUGGAAGCCACCAAAUUAGCAGGUGCACCUUCUGUGGCUGUCUUGUUUCUGAAGUACUUAAACUUCCCUAAGAGUGAAUUUGACCUAGGCAAGUUUGUUCAAAAGGUAGAUCCUGAGAUGAUUUGGUCAGGUUGGGAUAAGGCCCAGCAAUCUGCAUUUUAACAGGCACCCCAGUCACUAGGAUGCAGAAGGAUCACACUUUGAGAAACACCACCCAUUUCUACUUUUUGCACCUUAUUUUCUCUGUUCCUGAGCCCCCACAUUCUCUAGGAGAAACUUAAGAGGAAAAGGGCACAGACACUACAUAUCUAAAGCUUUGGACAAGUCCUUGACCUCUAUAAACUUCAGAGGCCUCAUUAUAAAAUGGGAAGACUGAGCUGGCGUUCAGCAGUGAUGCUUUUAGUUUUAAAAGUCUAUGAUCUGGACUUCCUAUAAUACAAAUACACAAUCCUCCAAGAAUUUGACUUGGAAAAAAGUGUCAGAGGAAAACAGGUUAUCUGCCCAUAUGCAUAUGGACAACCUUGACUACCCUGGCCUGGCCCCUGUGUUGGCAGUCCAGGGCUAUCUGUACUGUUUACAGAAUUACUUUGUAGUUGACAACACAAAACAAACAAACAAAAAAGGCAUAAAGUGCCAGGGGUUUAUAGAAAAAACAGCAUGGUAUUCUCCAGUUAAGGUAUGCCAGAGUGCAAUUCUUUUAACAGCUGUGAGAAUUUGCUGUUUCAUUCCAACAAAAUUUCAUUUAAAAAAAAAAAAAAAGACUGGAGAAACUAGUCAUUAGCUUGAUAAAGAAUAUUUAACAGCUAGUGGUGCUGAUGUGUACCUGAAGCUCCAGCUACUUGAGAGACUGAGACAGGAAGAUCACUUGAGCCCAGGAGUUCAAGUCCAGCCUAAGCAACAUAGCAAGACCCUGUCUCAAAAAAAUGACUAGUUAAAAAAACAAUGUGGCCAGGCACGGGUGGCUCACACCUGUAAUCCCAACACUUUGGGAGGCUGAGGCCAGUGGAUCACAAGGUCAGGAGUUUGAGACUAGCCUGGCCAACAUGGUGAAACCCCAUCUCUACUAAUAAUACAAAAACUAGCUAGACAUAGUAGCAGGUGCCUGUAAUCCCAGUUACUCGGGAAGCUGAGGCAGGAGAAUCACUUGAACCCAGGUUUCAGUGAGCCGAGAUCGCGCCAUUGCACUCCAGCCUGGGUGACAGGGCAAGACUCUGUCUCAAAAAAAAAAAAAAAAAGUUAGUACUGUACCAUGUAAAUACUAGCUUUUCAAUGUGCUAUACAAAGAAUUAUAGCACAUCCUUCCUUUUACUCUGUCUCACCUUCUUUAGGUGAGUACUUCCUUAAAUAAGUGCUAAACAUACAUAUACGGAACUUGAAAGCUUUGGUUAGCCUUGCCUUAGGUAAUCAGCCUAGUUUACACUGUUUCCGGGGAGUAUUUGAAUUACUAUAAACCAUUAGCCACUUGUCUCUGCACCAUUUAUCACACCAGGGCAGGGUCUCUCAACCUGGGCGCUACUGUCAUUUGGGGCCAGGUGAUUCUUCCUUGCAGGGGCUGUCCUGUACCUUGUAGGACAGCAGCCCUGUCCUAGAAGGUAUGACGUUUAGCAUAUGUUUAGCAGCAUCCCUGGCCUCUAGCUACCCGAUGCCAGAGCAUCCUCCCCCUGCAGUCAUGACAAUCAAAAAAUGUCUCCAGACAUUGUCAAAUGUCUCCUGGGGGGCAGUAUUUCUCAAGCAUUUUUAAGCAAAGGUGAGUAUUCAUACAAGAAAUUUAGGGGGAAAAACAUUGUUUAAAUAAAAGCUGUGUGUUCCUAUUCAACAAUAUCUUUGCUUUAAAAGUAAGGAGAGGGCAUAAAAGAUGUCAUAUUCAAAUUUCCAUUUCAUAAAUGGUAUACAGACAAGGUCUAUAGAAUGUGGUAAAAACUUGACUGCCACACAAGGCUUAUAAAAUAGUAAGAUAGUAAAAUAGCUUAUGAAGAAACUACACAGAUUUAAAAUUGUGCAUGACUCAUUUCAGCAGCAAAAUAAGAACUCCUAACUGAACAGAAAUUUUUCUACCUAGCAAUGUUAUUUUUGUAAAAUAGUUAUCUGUUAAAACUGUGAAGAGUAAAGAAAACUAAAGCCAAUUUAUUAGUCACACAAGUGAUUACACUAAAAUUAUAAAGGUUAUAAUUUUAUAAUGUAUUUACCUGUCCCGAUAUAUAGCUAUAACCCAAUAUAUGAAAAUCUCAAAAAUUAAGACAUCAUCAUACAGAAGGCAGGAUUCCUUAAACUGAGAUCCCUGAUCCAUCCUUAAUAUUUCAAUUUGCACACAUAAAACAAUGAUAUAAACAACUUUGUAGGACUAUACCCUUUUGUGUACAUUCAGGCAUACACAUUUUCAUCAAUUUGAAAGGUUAAUUUAAACCUCUAGAGUUGAAUGAGAAACAUGGGGGAAAAGUGUGAAAUAGGUGAAAAUAUUAACUAUUUCUUUGAACUCUAAAGACUGAAACUGUAGCCAUUAUGUAAAUAAAUUUUCAUAUGUACCUGUUUAUUUUGGCAGAUUAAGUCAAAAUAUGAAUGUAUAUAUUGCAUAACUAUGUUAGAAUUGUAUAUAUUUUAAAGAAAUUGUCUUGGAUAUUUUCCUUUAUACAUAAUAGAUAAGUCUUUUUUCAAAUGUGGUGUUUGAUGUUUUUGAUUAAAUGUGUUUUGCCUCUUUACUUUCCAAAAAAACUGUAAAAAUAAAUGCAUGUUUGUACAAAAAGUUGCAGAAUUCAUUUAUGAGAAAAAUUAAAUUGUAGUAAAAACAUAGUUAGUUUUUCUCAUAUCCAAGUAUAACAAACAGAAAAGUUUCAUUAAUUGUAAGCCACUUUUUUCAUACCGCAUUAUUGAAUAUUGUUACAAUUGUUUUGAAAAUAAAGCUAUUUUCUUUGGGCUUUUACAAG